GCGCUUCCGGCGCGGGGCGGGGCUUCCGGCGGGGUGAUGGCGGCGGGCCGGGGCUGGCGGCGGCGGGCGCUGCGGCUGCUGACGGCGGGCGGCGCCGUCCUGCUCACGCGCUUCCCGUUCUGGCACUGCUUCAGCGGGCUGCUGCUCUGCGCCGAGCGCGCCGACGGCCGGCGGAAGCCGGACAUCCCCGUCCCCUACCUGUACGUGGACAUGGGGGUGGCCGUGCUCUGCGCCAGCUUCAUGUCCUUCGGGGUGAAGCGCCGCUGGUUCGCCCUGGGCGCCGCGCUGCAGCUCGCAGUUGCCACCUACGCCGCCCACGUCGGCGGCCACGUCCACUACGGUGACUGGCUGAAGGUGCGGAUGUACUCGCGGACCAUCGCCAUCAUCGGCGGGUUCCUCAUCCUGGCCAGCGGCGCGGGCGAGCUGUACCGGCAGAAACCGCGCAGCCGCUCCCUGCAGUCCACGGGACAGGUCUUCCUCGGCAUCUACCUCAUCUGCCAGGCGUACUCGCUGCAGCACAGCCGGGAGGACCGCCUGGCCUACCUGGACCACCUGCUGGGCGGGGAGCUGGCGCUGCAGCUGCUGUUCGUGCUGUACGCGCUGCUGGCGCUCGCCUUCCUGUCGGGCUGCUACGUGCGCGCGGCCGCGCAGGUGCUGGCGGUGCUGCUGCCGCCCGCCAUCCUGCUCAUCGACGGCAACCUGGGCUACUGGCACGCCGGCCGCGUCGAGUUCUGGAACCAGAUGAAGCUCAUCGGCCAGAGCGUCGGCAUCUUCGGCGCCGUCGUCAUCCUGGCCACCGACGGCUGACGGGCGCUGCCUGGACUGGGGCACGGGGGGGCUUUUUUUAAAGAAUUGCCACUAUUUAUUUUUUUUUAAUUUGUAAAUAUUUGAUAAUUGUACUGGAGGAUGAGGCGGGUGCUGCCCUGGGUGUGGGGGGAGCCGGGGGGCUCCUGACUCUGGGGUGGUGGCCACUGUGUGGCUGGACCCCCCGCCAUGGGGUGUCCCCCCCGGUGUGUUUUUACUGAUGAAAUGAGAAUCUUUUACGUCA